AUGGAGACCGACAGACGGAUCCUUCCUUUAAACGUCGUUACUUAUGUCUGCGGAGUUAGCGGCGUAGUCCUACCUCUGACUCAGAAAUGUAAUGUUAUUAGCGGAUUAGCGACAAAUGACAGGAAGAUAUAGGGUUACUUCAUUUUUUGUACGACUCUUUAUAUGUGCUUAUUUCUUCUCAGCAGAUAAGUAAAACAGUUGUAGGCCUGUAGAUCAGUAUAAUAUUCGAUAAUCCACGCUUUUGGACAAUCAAUUAACAGGAGUAAAGCCGCUCAUGAAGGAGGUAUCCGAGGUCAAAGCAAUUUCCAGCCGCUUGUAGACGCGGGGAUUGCAGCACCCCGCAGAAAGGGCACCGGCACCCGAAGCGGCUUAAGGGAAUCGGAGUUUAAUCCAUCCAUGGUUUCGAUGUGAAUAUGUGUGAUCGUGCUUUUUGGCAACAAGACAAAAUUGGAGUUUCCUGGAAAGUGAUUCCAGCAACUAAGGAAAAGAAAACGACAAACAUCAAAUAGACUGGAAACAGGAAAAGAAUAGGCAACCAGCUUGAAGCAUAAGGGGAAAAAAUUGUCCUAGUUACCAUUGCCACCCCCAAAACUCCCCUUCCAUUAUGUCGAUCUCCUCUCUGCCAGAGUGGAAACAGCUUCUGUUGGAUCGAAAGAGAAAGGGAGAGGAGACACGAGAGAGGCAAGUGCGAGAAGAUGAGAAGAAACUGGCCAGCAUGCCUGCUUGGAAGCGUGAGGUCAUCCAGCGGAGGAAAGCAAAGCAGGAGGCUGAUGGGGGACUCCAGACCGUGGAUGGCAGGUCUAUCGCAGAGAACACGAGUGAGGCAGCGCUGCCCAAGGGCUCCUGGUCCAUCUGUGCUCAAGGGUUCAGAAAUGGGCCAGAAUCUCAAAGCCAGGUCUCAGUGGAGAACAUAGGGCCGGUUCAGCACAACCCAUUCAUUCUCUCACAGAAUGUAUGGAGGGGUGAUAGAAGGGAGUGCAGGGAAGAGCUUGGGCCAGACAGCAGGGCUGAAGAUGGAGGUGGAGUAAGAAGGGCAAGAGAAGGAGAUCCAUCUAAGAAGGAGCAGAGUGAGGAAUCUGGGAGUUGCCAGAGAGAUUAUAAUAUAGACUGUGAUGGAAAGAAACAUCAAAAUGUAAAGUGUGAGAGAGCGGGGAAUGGAGGUGACUGUGGGGAAAGUGAAAGUCCAAGGGAAGGAGAGAGAGGAGGACACGGCCUGAGGAGGAAAGGAGGAGGAGACAGAGAGCAAAAGGACCCGAGCACUGAGUGUCCCGUCUGUCCACUAUCUGUCCCACGUCUUAGGACUAUCCAGGCUGAGAAUGUCAUCACUGCUGAAUUGGAGACCAGUGCUACAGGAAAGAAGGCGCUGAGAAAUAAAAGGAGGGAGGAGGAAAUGGAGGCAGAACAGGAGAAAAUGAAAGAAGGGAGGACCAUGAACCAGAGGAGCACCAUAGAGGUUAGAGGAGAUGGGACACAAAUGAAAGGUUCUGAGGUGUUUGUGAUGAAACCCUCGGCCACUGUACAGGACAGGAGUGAGGCAUGCCAGCCAAUGUACAGCGAGAGAAAGGGGAGCAGGUCAGGAACAGGAGCUAAUGAGGAGAGGCAUGAGAAAGAGGAGGUGAUCUGUACACUGGGAGAAAAGGAGGAGGUGCCUGGAGGGGAUAAAGCUAGGAGCAGAAUGAAAGUAGGCAGGAUAUGGAAAAAAGGUGAGAAGGAAGCAGAAGCUGAUAGGAGCAUCAGGGAGGACAUGGAGGCAGGGGCCUCAGUGGAGAGCUUUGGGCAGGUCAGCCGUCUGCUGAGCAAAUUCGGAGAGCAGCACAAACCUCCAUUGCGAUCCAAAAGCAUGGACUGUUUCACCUCUCAUGAUGGAGGUGGAGGAAGGGGGAGUGUGGAGGAAGAAUCUGCCCUCAGGGAAAGGGAAAGCUGGACUAAGAGAAAAGAGGAGAGGAAGGAGGUACAAGGCUCCACUGUCAAGGGGGUUCCAAUGAGGUCCUUCAGGUUCUCCGACCAUGUGAUUUCUGAUACAGAGAACAGGGCCGAUGGUGAAGACUGCAUUGAAAGGAAGGUGGUAGAACUGAAAUACUCUGGCAGUGGGGCACCACAGGUGGAGGGCUGCCGGGAAAGUAGGAGGGUCAAAGGAGAUGAGUGGGAGCACUCAGAGAUGGUGCAUCAAGGCUGUUACCAGCUGUCAAUGCAAAGAGAGCCAAGCCCGCCCAAGGAUACAGGAGUUGGGGGAGACCCAGACAUGGGAGAGGGAGUUUCUAAACUUGGUGGGAUGGGUAAAGCCCUGCAGAAAGAGUGGGAUAGGGAGAGGGAGGAUUCAUCUGGGUUAGUCAAAGGCAUAGAUGCUUUGGCAGUGCUUGGUACUGGGGAUACAGCCAUGACCCUGAGAUACAAUGACGAAAGAAAGGAUGGUGAGAUGGAGAGAGCAUGGUUAGGAGCAGCACCGAGGGUGCCAUGGGAGAGUGAAAUGGCACACCACGAGGAAGAGGAGAAGGUACCAACUGUAAGAAGGAAAGAGCAGCCACACUGGAACGUUAAUGCAGUUGCAGAAAGGCAAGACAUUCUCGGGGAAGAGAAGCCCAGAAAUGAGUCAUUGUUUACAGAACGCAGAAGCUUCUACCACACGGAAUCUAAAAGGCCAAUGUGUGACAUGGAUCACCACAGCUGUUUGCCUGAGGGGAGGUCCAGAGAGAAGAAACCAGAGUCGGGGGACAGGGGGGCUUGCAUAACUUUGGCACAUGGGCCCUUUCAGGAGGGAGGGAAGGCAGAUAUGGAUGGAGCCCUCAGUAGGUCAAAUACCAAGAGGGUUCUAGAUGGAAACGAGGAUAAGGCAGUGGCUUCUACCAUGGACUCCAGUAAACCAGGAUAUGCUACAGCCGCGGGAGAAGUUCUGAUCCCAAGAACUCAUUUUUAUGUGCGGGAGAGAGGAUCUAAUUUGUGUGUCACAAGGCAGGGGAAGCAAGAAAGGGGAAAGGUGUCAGUGUGGAGGAGUAACUGGGAAGCUGGACAGCCUACAGUUUGUUUUGAGUCACUGCAAGAAGCGAUUGGGCAGAGCGGGCCGGAGAAAGUAAUGGAAGGUGAAGGAGAGUCUAGGAUUGGUCUUGGGAGCAGGUGGGAGGCGUAUACAAGAGAAAAGGAGGAUAUGCAGGGUAAGGAAAGGAAAAUGGAAGAAGACAGGAGGAGGGAGUUGGAGAGAGAACUGCGAAUGAAAGAAGUGAUUGACCAGCAGCAAGUCAGCCGAGAGGGGAAGGAGACUGUAAUAUCAGCAGGGAGAGAGAGAGUCGGGAAAACACAGAGAGGGCCUUGCGUAUACACAUCCAGCUCUCUAAGCGUCAUACAGGAAGUAGGCUUGCCCAAGCCCAGCCCCCCACUUCCUGCUAGUGUCUCACCCUCACAGUUGCUGCUAGCUGCAAAAGCAGAAGCCAGGGCCUCCUCUGCUGCUACCCCUGUAGCGGCCGCUUCUCCUCACAUUCAAGAAAGACAAGAGCAAGAAAGACAACAUGUAGAAGACCCCGAGAGCAGCCAGAAGGGGAGACGUUUCACAGAAGAAGAAGGCAAAGAAGAGGAAAAGUGCGCACAUAGUCUGUCUCCUUCCCUGACUACCUCCAUUGACGUCCCUCCAUCCUCUUCUUCCCCUACUUUGCCCUCCGACGUCAACAUGAGCCGAAUUUACAAUCAGAAGCCGGUGGUCCCCAGGUCCACUCUGUCCAUUGGUGAGAGGAAGACUGAGAAGAUGUCUCCAACUCUCAAAGUACAGGGGCGGGAGUCUGCAUUACAGAGCCAUCGCUUACCACUAACGCAAGACAAUCUCCAGCAAAAAGGGGAGAUACUGGAGCAACAGAGCCUGCCGAGGAUGGAGCUGAAACCAACCUGGUGGCAGGCCUGUCAACGGAAGCCAAAGGAGGAGAUGAACACCCGCGGCCAGGAGGCCCAAAUGGAGACAGUGCGGCAGCAGGUUAAGCUGUUAAAGCUAGAAGCUGAGCCCCAAGUCCCCAGCAAAACCUCCAACCAGCAAGAACUGUUGAAAGGCAGCCAUUUACAACUAGAAGACAGCUCAAAACCAUCACUGUUCCUGCAACAGUAUGAGAAAGUCAACCAACGGACAUUUCCAAAGGACCAGGAAACUAGUAACGGGACAAAACCCACGCAGCAACUAAGCAACCAGAAACUACCUCUGAAGCAACAACCACCAAAUCAGUGUCAACCAUCCAGAUCCUUCACCGUCAACCCUAAAUCUAGUCCUGUCCUUGAGAAUCCCCCUCAAAUCCAGGAAUGCAAAGAUGUGGUCACCCCCUCUGCUUCUCUGUCCCCUUCUUCCUCUUCUCCCUCCACCCUCCCAAGUGCUCCACUCUUCUCCCUCCGGAACACUUCAGCAGGUCCUGGCAAAAGAGGCAACACCAUCACUAUUGUCCCCAGGAGAUCUCCAGCAGUGGGCAAGCCUGCUACCGACCCGGGGGCUAACAGGACAGCCCCCCAGACCCAGACGCCUAUAUCCGGGGAUGCCAGCAAGAAAAGAUACCCCACAGUCGAAGAAAUAGUGGUGAUUGGGGGAUAUAAGAAGGUAGAGAAGUCCUGCUUGUCCAAGCAUGGAAAAACUCCUAAAGGGGUGACGGUGUGUUUCAAUGAGGCACAGCUAGAACAGGUGUGCGAGUACCCGUCGGAGAGCGCCAUGCUGGCCUCCCUCCCCUGCUCCCCCCCAGACUCUGAGAAAGAGGCCGAGGAGAAGAUGGGGGGGCAGGAGGAGGAGGAAGAGGAGGAGGAGGAGACAGGAGCAUUUGCACUGAGCAGCAAGAGAGUGGCCACUGGAAAAGGCCGAGUUCUCAGAGUGGAUGAGUCAUGUCGACGAUAAAUACCAAUCAAUCACGGAAUUCCUUAAACUAUGGUUCAAAUUUUAAAUGUCCAGUUUGCUUUGAGUGCCAAAAUGUAUAUGUUGUCUGCUUGUUGUAAAUGGUGGUUUGUCUUAUUUUGUUUUUUUUUUAAAUUGAAUUUGUUUUUAUAAUUACAUAAUUUCUGUUUUAUCUAUAUAUUUUUUUCUAUAGGAAUGUCAUAAUAUGUAUGCCUAUUUCUAACUUGUGUAUAAAAAAACAAGUAGUCUACAAUAAUUAAAUGCACAAUAUAAAUCUAAUGAAAUUACUGAAAUACUGGAAGACGUAAUGGUUAAUGUAAUCUAGAUAUAUUCUUUAAUUUUGUUGCAUUGCACAGAAACCACUUAGAUCCGGAUGGGUCCGGAGUGUCCAUUAGACAGUGUAAAUGUCAGGUGAUCUCUUGCACAUUUUAGUCCUCUUGGGCUGCAACCAGUGGUUGCAUAAGUACGUGAAGUAUUUUAGUGUAACCCGGGCACUAGCUCGGGCUGAUGCUGAAAAUCGGCAUGCCUGUUACAUGAAUAUAUUCUCUUGCACUAGGACGAUUGAAACAAAUAUCAGAUUUCAAACAUUUCUAAGAAGAUGUCAUUAACGGUUUGCAUUAAAUUGUUACACUGAUAAUUGUAAUUUCAGUAUGACCAUUAAUAUUGAUAUUGCAGUAGAGAACGGUAAUUCUGCCAUAAAAAUGAACUGAUUAGACAUUUCGGUUUCUUUCAAUCUUGGGAAUGAUAACAGUUAGAUUCACAGUUUACGUUUGUGCACCGAGCUAAAUCUUGAAGGGUUAUAAUAGGUUUAUUGUGCCUGUAAAAUAUUUUAAUAGGAGAAACUCUGCAAUGAUUUUAUAUAGUGUUUUGAAAAAUGUAUUAGACAUUGAUGAAUGUGAUUAAGAUGUCUGCAUUUUAUGUUUACUGUGCGAACACGAUGGUCUUUUAUUUUCUAUUUUAUACUGCGAUUUUAAGAAGCUGGCUUUAAAAAAAAUUAAAGGACAAUAAAUUAUUUGACUCAA